AUGGGUGGUAUUCUGGGCAUAGAUGGCUUGAAAAGAGUUAACUUGCACUAUUUUCCAGAUAAGAAGAAUACGACAAUUGAGACUGGCGAGAACAUAAGAAUUAAGCAUGGUGAGAUCAUGAGAAUUGAAGCUGAUAGCAAUAUCAAUAAAACUACUCAAGCUUUAGUUUCGUCUUCAGUAAUUUCCAAUCAAGAACAUUAUCCAAAAUCAUCAACCAUCAAUUCUUUAAACAUUAUAAAUGUAAACAAUUACAAGAUAACAAAAGUGAGAAAUCAAAAAAUGCCUAUCCUAGCAAAAACCAAUUUAUCUGAAACAAUUAGUCCAAUUCAUCCUGAAGAUGAUAUUUUAACUUAUUUGAGAGUAAUGAAUAAAUGCGUAAACCCACUGUCUAAUCCUAUUGUUGAAAAAGAUGAUCUUGAUGAAAAGAUUCUUUCUAAAAAAAAACCUAUUAAUGAAUUUAUUAAUAAAAUAAGUGACCAAUUGGAUAUCAAUACAAUUUUAGAGGUAUUAUUUUUACCUAUCAAAAACCAAAUUGAGCUAACUUAUAUCAACAUUAAUGUUGAUACUAGAAUAUUGAUUCUAUUCAUUCAACGAUAUUUGGAUGAUAUGAAAAAUGAAGCAAGAAAAGACAAAAAACAAAAACAAAUUUAA